AGGACAUUUUUUUUUUAAUUGACAGAAUAUCUCUCCAGGCAGUGUUCACAUGUUUCUAACUGAAGCUUUUAACUUGGCAGCUUGUUUAAACAAACAAACCCGUCCGUUGAAUGCAAUGAUUAACAGGAAGCCAGGCACAGACCACAGACACCAGCCUUUGGCUAGGAAAAGAGGUUGGGUUUGAAAUCCUAGCGUGGUGAUGGCUUGCUGGCUGGUCACCUUACCUGCUAACCAUUCUGCCACAAGGAUAGGUAAGGCACCGUGUGAUGGAACCUCCCUGAGGUGGUAUGCUUCUAUGUAGUGACAGUUUGGGAAUGAGUGAGAGACUCAGCAAAGAGACCGCUUUAGAAACAACCUCAAAGGAAAAGGACAAUGAAACAAAACCAUAAAUGAAGACAGAAAGAGGAAGAAGAAGGAGGAAAAAGAAAGAAAGCAAGGAUGAUGCUGGUACCUGGAGAAAAUGUGAGUUAAAUCUAUCUUUGCUCUGGUGAAAUCUGGGAAGACAUUUGACUCAUUUCCUGCUUCCUCAAACGAUGAGGUGUUCAAAAUACUGUCUGUUUAGCCUGUCUCUUGCUACAGCUCUGACUUUUGUGUUUAUUUACAAUAACAAGUUACGGGAUAAGAAACGUUUUCUGCCGGCAGCUCUGGCCAAUACUUCACUCUUAGCAGAGAUCUGUCUUCAAAUGAUUGAAGGGGAGGGGUUUCAUGUUACAGAAAAUGCGCUGAAGACCACCCUCAACACAUCCACUUGCUACGAGUAUAAGGUUCAAAAUCAUUAUAUAACAGAAACUCUCUCUGAAGAAGAAGCUGCUUUCCCUUUGGCGUUCACACUGACAAUCCACAAAGAUUUUGGCACUUUUGAGAGGCUCUUCAGGGCCAUCUACAUGCCUCAAAACGUCUACUGCAUUCAUGUGGAUGAGAAAGCCCCGCAGGAGUUUAAAAACUCCGUGGGACAGUUACUCAGCUGCUUCCCUAACACAUUUCUGGCUUCCAAGAUGGAAUCCGUGGUCUAUGGUGGGAUCUCCAGGCUCCAGGCUGACCUGAAUUGCAUGAAGGAUCUGGUGACCUCCGAGGUCCCCUGGAAGUACCUCCUCAACACCUGUGGGCAAGAUUUCCCCCUGAAGACCAACAGGGAAAUCGUGCAGUAUCUGAAAGAACUUAAAGGGAAGAAUCUCACCCCAGGGGUGCUGCCCCCAGCCCACGCUGUCGGGAGGACUAAGUAUGUCCACAAGGAAUUGUUAGACAGAAAAAAUUCCUAUGUACAUAAAACAGCAAAGUUAAAAACCCCUCCUCCACACAAUAUGGCCAUUUACUUUGGCACUGCUUAUGUGGCUCUCACAAGGGAAUUUGCUAAUUUUGUCCUCCAAGACCAGCAGGCACUGGACUUGCUCUCAUGGUCCAAGGACACUUAUAGUCCUGACGAACAUUUCUGGGUGACACUCAAUAGGAUUCCAGGAGUCCCAGGCUCCAUGCCCAAUGCAUCCUGGACUGGCAACCUUAGAGCUGUGAAAUGGAUGGACAUGGAGAGUAAACACGGAGGCUGCCAUGGUCACUAUGUACAUGGCAUUUGUAUCUAUGGAAACGGAGACUUAAAAUGGCUGAUUAAUUCACAAAGCCUGUUUGCUAACAAGUUUGAGCUUAACACAUACCCUCUAACUGUGGAAUGCCUCGAACUGAGGCUUCGAGAAAGAACCCUUAACCAGAGCGAAACUGCGAUACAACCCAGCUGGUAUUUUUAAUGGAUGCUACCUGACAUCUGAAGGGUAAUUGCAGUCGGAAUGAAGAUCCUCUUUGUAGGAGACUUUGACUUCGGUUAUGUUAAGGGUUUUAGGAUUUGGCUGCAGAAUUACACCUACAAUAUCCACUGGACACUGAAAAUACAACAGGAUGGCUGAGUAGAUCAAUCCUGGUGCUUUGGCCGGGAUUUUCUUCAUGCAAUUUCCUCAUGCUCACCUCUUUGUUAGGCUAUUAUUAUGAUCAGUGAUAAAUUCAAAAGUUACCAGAUAAUCAUCAUAUAAUUAGAUCCUAAUAGAAAGGAAAAUGGUAGACAAUACUUAGGAAAAUAAGACAUUUGGUUUCUUUGAAGAAGGAAUCUUUAACAUAUUAGCAGUCACUACUAUGUGCUCAAGCACACAUAGGCAUAGCUUUCUGAGUAAUGCAUUUCCUUUCAACAAAAACAGAUCUUGAAAGGCUAGAGUGUAGUUCAGUGUGAUAGAGCACUUGCCCAGUAUUUAUGAGGACCUGGGUUCAAUCCCCAACACUUAUAAAACAACCAGCCUACAAGCAAAACCAGAUCUACCCAGGUUCCCCAUGUCUGUACAUAAAGCCAUUAGCAAGACACAGUGUGUGCUCAAAGAUAAAGAGCCACUGUCUACUGCUACAGAGAAAAGACCUCGGGGAUGCCAAACAUUUCUCUUGUCUGCCAGAAUGUCCUCCAUUCUCUCUUUUGUGUUCAUGGCAAAGUCUUCCCAAGAAGGAAGGUAUCCUAUCACCUUCCUUCUCUGGUCUAGUGGCGUCUCAAGUCUGGAACACCAUGAGUGAAUUACUUCUGGGACUCCUUCCUGGCAAAUAUUGCCUUCUGUAAAAAUAGAGACCAAAUUCAACCUUGCAACACUUUUUACCACGCUAUGGAAUUCUCUGGGAAUUUUUCAAUGUCAGGUGCUGAUAGAAGUGCCUCCCUUUUUAAGAGUUUUUGGCUGUGGUGAAUCUCUGUCAUGUAUCUCUCAUUCACUCACUCAUUCAUUCAGCCUACUGGCAGUGAUAUUUCUAGAGUGUCUGGUCCCCCCAGAUGUGCUGAAGGGAAGAAGAGAGAAGCCCUAGCCCAGUGCUGGUGGUUCACACCAGUAAUCCUAGCCACCCACAAGGA